AUGGAAGAGGAUGAACAGAUUGUUCUCAGCACAGAGGCAUCACCUGUUCGGGAUACAGACUCCGUUGUCUCGCCGAUGAGCCCGGGAGUGGUGGAGCUACCAGCUAAUAACGAAGAAGAGUGCGAAAUAGACAUAAUCCAGGAAUUUCGCGCCAGAAUGUCGAAGCUAGCUGCCAACCGAAGCUCCGUGGGCAGCAGCAGCAAGGUCAAACCUACAUCCACAUCCUCCGAAUCUGCGAUAACUACAUCCGACGAUUCGCUCUUCGAAACUAUGUCAGCGACUUCUUGGUUGUCCUUAGACACAUCAACAAUGUUACCUAGCCGAAUAAACCAUACGCGAAUGCGCAGUGAGCGCCUUCUCUUAGGCGGCUCGACUGACGGUCGGACACUCGAUGGUGGAAUAUGGGCGAACGACUCCGACCUGGCGGAGAAACAAGUUGUACAUCACAGUAGAUCCUACUCUGAUGCUGAAUAUGGCCAUCCUCGCAUUAUCGAGGCUGUGACGUCCGCUAUGCAACAUCUUCGUGACGUUCGACACCAGGAGCAUAUCUCAAUGCCAAUACGUUUUGAGCCGCAGAACCAACUACAUAAACCAACUCCCGAAACAUUAAAGAUAUUCGACGCAUCAGUAAAUGACGGGUUCCAGAUCACAAGACUAAUCACAAGAGAUUGGCUUCGCGUGGCGACUUGGUGGUUGUUGAAAGCACGCGCGACUUUAGCAAAUUGCAACAGACAUAACUAUGUCAGUGCCUGUGGCAGUCUGAGUCCCUCCACGGAAUUAAGAACGACCAGUCACCAAGCUUAUCUUGACCUCCUCAAGGCGUCAUAUAUCCUGUACGAUAUCGUUCUGGAGGAAGAGGCGUCUCCUGCUCUUUUGGGUGAUGAGGAUCGCAAGUCAAUUGUCGAGCUUUCUGAAGGCAUAAAUGAGGAGCUUUCCCAAUAUACUUCCGUCGAUAUCCCCGAACCGUCGAAUCUACAUACCCAAAACCUCGCCAUUUGGGAGCCCAUGCAGCCAGAGGAGACUUGGGAUGGCGGCGUUGAUCUAGAUCUUGGCUUGGAUAAUUUGCGCUGGAUCGCCGUCGAUCGAGAAGAUGCAGGCAACGAACAGGAAAAAGUUCUCUACCGCACCUUUGUCAACGCCGGCAUCGGGGGCAAAAAGUCUCGCAUGCGCACCAAGGGUGCUCCUUAUAUGCUUUUGUUGGCAACCCGAGAAGGUGAAAGCGAACCUAAAAUUGUUCUCUGUAACCAAAGUGGCACUCUGUGUCUUGAACGAGACUUCGUACUGGAUGAUCUACCACCCCUUGUCCAAUUAUCAAAUGCCGCUUUGACUGGCUUCCCUGGCGCCCGAGUCUCAGAACCUGUGCCAUUCAAAUUUGAUAAUAUAAGCGUUUCGAUAUCAUUUCAGUUCGAUGGAGAUCUCGCACAAUUCAUCAAUAUUCCGAAAGCUUACUUUGAUGCCGUAUGGCAGAGAGAACCAGUUGAUGCAACCGAAUUUACCGAGAGCGUCGUCUUCAAAAGCUCUGUUGAUAUGUUCGAGCAGCUGAACACGCCGACUAUGAAGUCAAUGAACCCGCAAGUCGUAGUGAAAUCCUGCGAGGUGCGCAUUCUAGAACGGGCUUUCGGGGAAGCCUGGCGGUCUAUCAGACGCAUGGUGAUCACUUCCUCUGCUGCUGAGAAGUCACCACGAACUAUGGAACUUUUCAUGCCUCUCAGUGGAGUCCAGAUCGGCCGAGGAGGUAUGUCGCGCCAGAUGGUCUUGCAGUGGUCCGACACAUGCCAGGCGCGAUCUGAUCAGACUGAUGGCAAUUACAACACACUGCACUCCUACGUGUACAAUGACACUACUCCAAAUAUCGGUGUCGGUUUACAAUUUCACUCACAUCAAGAGGCGGAAGACUUUGAAAAAGCUGUCCUAGAAAUGAACUUCCGUCCAGAGUUCUCCUGGUCACAGCCCAGUGGCUCCGGUCUCAUCUACAAUGUGGUUGAUGCUGGCACCGACCACAAGCAAUACAAAGCCGUGCUAGUAUUCCGAAAUCGUGCAUCAUGGCGAUAUUCAGAUCUGUACUAUAUUUACCGUGACGCUGACUAUAUAUACGACCACUCCUCGUUCAGCAUCCAUUUCCCCCGCAUCUACUGCACGGAUUACAUCUCAACUCACGUUGACCAGCUCUACCAUCCAGAAAGCCCUGUCACAUUCUCCCACUGCGACAAGAAGACCAGCCAAACAACCAUCGAGUUUGGCAACGACCUUGUAGCCCGCUCAUUCCUCAGCUCCCUCUCACCUUUGUACGAACUCCUCUACUCCCGGCGUAUCCAGUCCCUAUCAAACAAAAGCAAUUCUGUCUUUGGUUUCCAAAUGUCCGGCAAGCGCAGCGCCGAGAUCCAACUAUGGCGUCGGGGAACGAGUUUCCAACUUGCCGCACGCUGGGAUGAAUUCGUGCCGGACAAGUGGCUUACCAUGACUGUUCCGUCAGAAUUCAUCGAUUGCUCAAAAGAGAAUACCCGAGUCAAACUUCCACGUCUUCCGUACUUGCGUGGUAUGACACUUGAUAUGAUGAAUAUUAUGGCUCGGAGCCCUAAGAACUCCAAUGCCAAAAGCAAAGAGGGUGCCAUGUCAAUUUCUUUUCAAAAAAGUGAAGGUCAGUCUGCCUACCCCUCUUGGAAAUGA